AUGGAUCCCCUGGACAGAGCUCAGGUACUCCUCCUCUGUGACCUGUGUCAAAAAGCCGCAUUACAGAGUCAUUGUGAAUUUUGUCAGAUUAGCCUGUGUAAGGCCUGUGUAAAGGAACAUCUUUCCGAUAAAUUCAAACACCACAUAAUUGUCCCAUACAGAUAUAGAGUUUCUGACUAUCCAAAAUGUCAAAUCCACUCUCAGGAUCAAUGUAAAUUUUACUGUGAUGAAUGUGACAUUGCUAGACUGAUAACGGCUGUUACCACGCAAGGAGAAUACUGGCACAAAGAAAUAAACAGCGUUGUCGACAAACAAAAAUCUGAAAUUGGUGAUUUGAAAAAAAAACUCCUGAUAGCCCUUGAUGAGCAGGAAAAUGAAAUAAAAAAGAACAUUUCUGAACUAGAAAAGAGUAUUCUUGAUCUGAAGAAAAUAUUGGACUCCAGUGAUAUCUCUCUUACCUCUGCAUACAAAACCAGAAAUGCUGAAUUCCGAAGUUUACCUCCUAAAGUCAAUGUUACAUUACCAAAAUUCUCUCCUUUUCAGAUCAUCUCAGAACAGCUCUAUAAAAUAUUUGGAUCUCUGUCGUCCACAGACGAACAGCGCCUCAUAUUGAAAACACCAGCCAAAUCUUUUCUUGCUGAACCAGAGCUCAUCACCACCAUAGACACGGGGAUGCGAAGCGGUGUUGCCUGCCUCAGUGAUGAGGAAGUUUGGACUUGUGGUGGAGAUUAUUUGAUUAGACUCUACAACCUUCAGGGUGAAGUACUGAAGUUAAUCCAAACAAAAACGGAUAUCUUUGCACGUGGUAUAGCAGUGACAAGGAGUGAUGAUCUAGUAUAUAUUGACGAUUACACAAGAACUGUUAACAUAGUCAGGGAUAAUCAUAUAUCUGAAGUGAUUAGACUAGUGGGCUGGAGACCUCUAUCUGUCUGUAGUACCUCCUCUGGUGACCUACUUGUUACCAUGAACAGUGAUGAUAAUUCACAAUCAAAAGUCGUCCGUUACUCUGGCUCCACAGAGAAACAAACCAUUCAGUUUGAUAGUGAAGGAAAACCUCUGUAUUCAUCAGAUGCCAUGAAAUACAUGUGUGAGAACAGAAACCUAGAUAUCUGUGUAUCCGACAUUGGGGCCAGUGCAGUAGUGGUGGUUAAUCAGACAGGAAACCUUAGAUUUAGAUACACUGGUCAUCCCUCUACUGACAAGAAAUCAUUUGAGCCAUGGGGCAUCACAACAGACAGUCAGAAUCAAAUCCUAAUAUCAGACGCUGACAAUGCAUGUAUCCAUAUAUUAGAUCAGGAUGGUCAGUUCCUUCGUUACAUUGAUAACUGUGAUCUAUUCAUUCCAAAUGGCUUAUGUGUGGACAUUAGAGAUAACCUCUUUGUUGCUAACUGGUCACCUGGUAAUGUGAAGAAAAUCAAAUAUAUGCAAACAGGUUAUCAAUAA